UGCGUGAGGCUGAUUGAGCGAAACCUUUCCUCCCACGCGGCUCAAACUUCGAAUCCCGUAUUGCCCACCCUAUAAAAUGCAAGCCUAAUCAGCUAACUCUUCCUUAGUGUACGAUUUUCUGGCUCGUGGAUGCCAUUGCCAUAUCUUCACUGGGAGAAGCAUCACCCAGACCGCGUGUUUUGUUCCCUAUCCGCCAUGGAAUUAGGGUUAGGGUUCUCCACUGCCGAUCGCCAGUCGCAAAUCCUCUCCUCCGUCACUGCUUGGCUUUAUGUAUAGCGAUUUGCACGGCCUUGCCCUCGCAGGUAAAUGGAAGACUUGGACGACUUCGGUGAGCUUUACGCCGACCUGGAGGACCGUUUGAUUGUCGGCGUCCCGACGGCGGAGGCAGAGGAUGAAGAAAUGGAGGAGAGAGGAGCUGGGUAUGAGAAUGGAGCUAUGGAGAGUUUGAGCAGCAGUGACAGUGAGGAUGAUCUUCAGAUUGUGUUAAACGAAGAGGAUUACGCUAAUAAGUUCCCCGCUCAGCUCUUGGCUGAAAGAAGGGGCUGUGAAGAGGAUGAGGGGGGUGACCUGGUCAUUGUAACUGGGUCGGAUUGUACUAGGAAGGAGCCUAACUGGGCUGAACAAGUACAUUCAGCUGAGGGGUUGCUACGUGGACAUGGAGAUAGGGGAAAUGCAACGAACAGAUCUCGGAGGAAUCGGGCAACCCCUUGUUUGGCUGGGUCUGCUGUUCGUGCUCGGAAGUCUCUCCCUGGAAGAAGUCAUUGCAAUCAUUUGACAGUACCAUGUUCUUUGGGAAAUACCUUUUGUGCUUCAGGCUUUCCGUUGGCGUUUUCAAAUGGUUAUGAUUUCUAUUUGCCACGAAAUGGGAGCAUAUUCAACAUAGAUGUUGAAUCACUUGAGUGUAAGCCAUGGAGAUUUAAUGGAGCAGAUAUUACGGACUACUUCAACUUUGGACUUGAUGAGGAAGGGUGGAGAACCUAUUGCAGUCAAUUGCAGGUACAUUUUCAGCAGAAGAAGUUGCCAUUGCAUGAAUCUUCUAAGGUAAAUAAGCCAACCGGCAUAAUGUCAGGUGAAGUUGCUCAACAUGGACGUGAUAGUGGACUUGAAAUUCCUGAUUAUGGAGAAAAUGGGAGGAAGGGAAUCAAAGUGCCAAAAGGUCGAGCAAUUCAGGUUGAAAGUGGCAAUGGAGAUCGUAUUCCAUCGGUAGAUGUUAGAAGACCAAGGAUUCGGGAUUCUGAUGUUGUGAUACAGAUUACCACAGGCAUUGCUGUUGAGGAUGCGCUGGUUCCCAUAAAAAAUGGAACAUAUCUGGAUGACCAUGGAUCUAAAAGUGAAUUAUUGUUGAAUUCCAAGAAUGAGUUCUGCAAAAGCUCUUCCUCUGUGGUUACUUGUGCGCGUAAAUGUGAAGGGAGUAGCAAUUCUAGUGAGUGUCCUCUUCCAUGUCUGAAGAAGUUUUUUGACGAGAAACUUGAUAAUAUGACCUGUGGUAGAGACUGCCCUUCAAGCGGUAUUUCUUUGUCAAAAUCUGAUGCCAAUAUUGCUGGUCAUUCUUGCGGUCCAAAGUCUUCUGAUCACAAUGUUUCCUUUGAAGCAUCCAGGGAUGAAAUAAGUUUGGAGAAAAUUCCCAUCCCUGAAUGUGUACACUUGAAUUCUGAUUCUUUGUUACAAGAGUCCGUAUUGUCUCAUUGUUAUUCUUCCAGUGAAAGUGGAAGUGGCAGUAAAACGGAUGGUGCAUCCUCUGGGGGCCAUUCUCCCGAAUCCUUGCUAGAUCUGGACUAUUGCCAAGAAACAACAAUUUUCAGGGUGGUUGAAUCAAAAUGUAGCUCAGAUGAUGAGGUUGCUUCCCCUCUGGUGCAUAGGCCGAAAAUUGAUGGUGAGCAUCAGGCAAAGGAGACUGGAACAAUUGUUAGCCACUGGGAUGAUGAACCCGGUGUAAGGGAUCAUUCAAGUCAAAGAGGUAAAAUUUCACUGAAGAACAUUAUCGAAUAUAAUAAUGAAAAGGAAGUCAAUGCAACUGCUUUUUCAGCAUGCUCUCAGUACCAUGAUGCAGAUCCUUUGCCUGUGAGAAUCAGGGAGAAAAGAACCGCUGCAAGGGAAGUUAAUACAAGGAAAAAUGGUUGCUGCAAUAAUCAAAGAAUGGCACAGCGUAACAGUAGGGCCCAAAGCAUUCUUAACAGGGACUAUUUGCAAUCAGGUUCACGUAAAAUUUCUCUUUAUGAUAAAACGGGUUGCCACAAAAGUAGAAUUGUAGAUGCACAUCACAUGAUAACGAGGGCCCAUUAUAAUUCCAUGGAAGCUAAAGAUCGACAUAGAGAAGGAUCUUUUGAUGACCGCAGAGAAAGAUCUUUAGAUAAAUAUUUUGGGUGGUGUGUUCCCUACCUUGAAGAGGAAGAUGAAAGCUUUAUUAAUAAGUAUGAUAGAGAUUCCCACAGUGCUGGAGCAUUAAGAAGGCUUCAGGAAUAUGAUAGAGAUGACAAAACUAUGCUUGUACACUUAGAAAGGUCAAGUAGAUAUGCUUACAAUCAUCAAGAUUCAAGUAUUUAUGAGGACGGUUCACAUCCUAAAAUUUAUAGAGAGGCUUAUGAUGAAGAAAAAAGUGGCUGGCAUGAGGAUGACUCUCACAGGAAUCAAGUACCAAGUUUAUUCAAACCAGAUAGAAGAUAUAAGUGUCACAGUGGACAUUCACAUACCAGGGAAACAUUUUCUCAACUGCGCAGCAAGCAUGGCAUAGUUUCAAGCAAAAAAUGCCACCUCUAUUCUAGAACAGGCUUUAAUUUAGAUGUUGAUCCGUUUCCUGCUGAAGUAAGGAAAUCAUGUCCUGAUAAUAGUACUUACAAUGAAAGUAGAAAAAGCAGUUUGGCCUUGCCUGGACUCCUAGUUAAAAAGGAAGCUAGUAUUAGGCAUCAAGAUUCUAACUUGUAUUCCCCCAAGAGGCACACCUUUGAUGGUACUUCACAAUUUCUAAUUGGUCGAGUUGAUGAGAGAUCAUUCAGCGAACUGAAAAUUUAUGACAAUCAUCGCUACAAUAGAGGUGGAAGUAAGUUAACUGUCAGAAGUUGUAAGGACUCUGAUUCUUUGGGUCGUGUUGGUUCUCCUUCAGAUAAUUUUGUCAAGCAUAGACGUCAAUUUGAUAACAGGGGAUGUAGGCAAGCUGUCAGCGAGCAUUUAAAGGGUUGGGAAGUUAAGGUAAUAUAGUGAAACCAAGUCUAACACAUUGUAUCUUUGUGUUUGUAGCUCUGAUUUUAUUGCCUAAAUAACACAUGGCAACUUCUUUUCUCCUCGUUCAAUUGAUGUGAGUGCUAGCCCAUGCCUGUGGUUCAUUCAAGUUUCAAUUCUUUAAAUGGUGUAAUUUGCUUUUUCAAAGCGUUGCACCCUUGAUCAAGGUAAUACAUUUAAUUCAUUUUUAAUCCAA